GUGUUGGGCUGUUUUGUACUCUGUGCCAUUAUUUUGAAACUCUUGAGCGGAAGUCGGCGCUUCCCUCCCUGUCUUGACGGUGGACAUGGACUGACUGUGGCAAACCUCAGACAGGUGGAGGAGACGUCCUUAAGCAGCUGAACUGCACCGCGGGUCGGACUGGGUCGUGCCGGACUGGGCUGGGCUGCAGGACGCGCAGCGGUGGACGCUGCGCUCGGUGCGCGGUGCUCGGUGCGCGGCGGCUCCUCUCGGCAGCUGCUGGAUCUCCCCCCAAAAACCCAGAAAACCCGAACCAUGGUCUGGCUGAUCUGAGCAUCCUGAGCUGAAUCCCCGCACACAUGCUGCUGCUGGACUCACGGUGGACGCGGGGCGGACGCGGGGAUCCACAUGCGAUGGAUUAGACGCGCUCGGAUCUUUAUUCCCUGAUUCUCGGCUCCGUGUGUUUCUCCUCCUGCCUCGGCCAUGGAGCACCAGGCAGCCGAGCCGCAGAACUAUGAAGACGUACAGAAGAGCGGAUACCUCCGCAAGCAUAAAUCAAUGCACCGGCGGUUCUUCGUGCUGAGGGCGGCCUCGGAGCACGGUCCGGCUCGGCUCGAGUACUACGAGAACGAGAAGAAAUUCCGCAGUAAAUCACCUGUGCCCAAGAAAGUCCUGAACCUGGAGACCUGCUUCAACAUCAACAAGCGUGCGGAUUCCAAGAACAAGCACAUGAUCGUGCUCUACACCCGCAGCGAGAGCUUUGCCAUCGCUGCGGACAGCGAGGAGGUCCAGAACGAGUGGUACCAGGCGAUGCUGGACCUCCAGUGCAACUGUAAGACCCCUGAAGAUUACGGCAGCAGCGGCGAGUGUAGCUCUCCGUCUCCGGUUCCGACCUUCAAGGAAGUGUGGCAGGUCAAGGUUUGGCCCAAAGGUCUCGGUCACGCCAGGAACCUGGUGGGCAUCUACCGGCUGUGCCUAACGGACAAGACGGUCAACUUUGUCAAACUCAACUCGGACGUGGCGGCGGUGGUGCUGCAGCUGAUGAAUGUUCGCAGGUGCGGUCAUUCUGAGAAUUUCUUCUUCAUCGAGGUGGGCCGUUCUGCGAUCACUGGGCCCGGAGAGUUCUGGAUGCAGGUGGAUGACUCUGUGGUGGCUCAGAACAUGCACGAGACCCUGCUGGAGGCCAUGAAGGCGCUGAGCGAGGAGUUCCGUCAGCGCAGUAAGUCUCAGUCCGUGGGGACGUCGUGCGGAGGAGGUACCGCUUCGAACCCCAUCAGCGUCCCGAGCCGCCGUCAUCAUCCGAAUCUGCCACCGAGUCAGGUGGGCUUCUCCAGACGAGCCCGCACAGAGACUCCCGGAGGAGGCAGCAGCACAAGCACGUCACCCACCUCACGCCACGGAUUCCCGAGGGCACGAACCGCCAGCAUCGGGGCCAGGUCGGAGGAGAGCGGAGCAAGCGCCAAAGGGACAUGGGCGAGCUCGAGCCCGAGUCUCAACGGUUCCUGCUCAACUACGCCGACACUGAGGCCCAAGCCCACCAGGGCCCCGACUCCGGCUAAGAUUACCCUCAGCCUUGCACGGUACACGCCUAACCCCGCUCCGUCUCCUGCACCGAGCCUGUCCUCCAGCUCUGGUCACGGCUCAGAGUGUGGUUUGGUUGGGGCGGCGGUUGGAGGCAUGACGAUCUGCUCCUAUCCUCGUGUUUCUCAGAGAGUUUCAGUUUCAGGUUCACCGAGCGACUACGGCUCCUCAGAUGAGUACGGCUCCAGCCCCGGGGAGCACUCCCUGCUCGUACCCAGCCUGUCCGGACAUCACGUCCAUGGAGAAGGUUCCUCCAGCUACAUAGUGAUGGGUCAACGGGAGGGUCUCCUCGGGUCUCACCAUCGCUCAAAAGGCCGACGGAUCCUACGACGAGCGUCCAGUCGGGAAUCCGAGGCGGAGCGCAGACUCUUGAGUAAGAGGGCCUCUUUGCCUUUGGCAGCCCACGAACGCCUGACCCCGCACAGAAAAGACGAAGACGACGAAGACGAUGAAGAAUACGCCAUCAUGUCGCAGAGUGCUAACCGAGACAGAGCUGAUCUGCACCACGGCUCAGGGGCUCUGGCUGUCGGGGGUGAUGGAGUUGGUGACGGGAGGAAGAGGGCCGACAAAAGCCGAGGAGACGUGGAUGCAGGAGCAGCUGUGGACAGCGGUUACAUGUCGAUGUUGCCUGGAGUGACGUCUCCUCCUGUCUCACUCUCUCUCUCGAUAGGUAUGUCUGACAGCGCUGCUAAACCCGGGGCGGACGACGAGUACAUGGCCAUGACCCCCAACAACAGCGUGUCCCCGCCUCAGCACAUCCGCCAGCCCAGCUCAGAGGGCUACAUGGUCAUGUCUCCAAACAGCAGCAGCUCCUCAGACCUGCAUGGACUGGGCAUGUGGGACAGCAGGGCCAGCAUGGAGAGCCGGGCUACCAGCGACUACAUGAACAUCUCGCCCGUCUGCAGCCGCUCCGCCUGCAGCACGCCGCCUUCCCACCCCGAGCAGCACCAGCUGCAACCAAAAAUGUUCAACUCCUACUUCUCUCUGCCACGAGCUUAUCAGCAUACACUCUACACUCGCUUUGAGGAGGACUUAAACAAAGUAGAAGGAAAGAAGGACAGUGGAGGGCACGAUAGUCCAGGACGGGCAGGUGGAGUCGGAUACAGCAAGAGAAACAAAAUUGCGGCGGGCUCCGCGGGAGGCUGUCAGCUCUCCAUGUCUUCCUCGUCUUUCUCCUCCAGCUCAGCCAGCAGCGAAAGCCUGGAAGACAAGUCCAUGACGGCAGGGAGGGGGUUAAGUUUGUUACGAACUGGAGCCGAGUACAAGAGCGCAGGAACCUGCACAAAGGACGGACGCCACCAUCAGAAACGAGGAUCCAGCAGUAAGAGCCCGAAGCAACAAAGGAGGGCCCGUCCCCUCAGCGCGUCCUCGGACAUCACUAAAGCCAACACCCUGCCGCGGGUCAAGGAGAACCUGCUGCCGUCCGUGUCUCAGAACGUUGGUGAGUAUGUCAGCAUCGUGUACAAGGAGGACAACAAGUACGACGGAGGCCGACGUGCGGGGUCCAAACAUGGACAACCUGUGAUCCAUGGAACCCUCCGACCCGUGAACCAGCCGCUCCUCUGCCACGAUAAUCCUGCUAACCUGCCCCGCAGCUUCUCGGCCCCGCUGUCCACCUCCGCCGAGUACGUCAGCAUGGACUUAGGGAAGACCUCCACGCCCCUGACCUCUCUCAGAUCCACGUUCAGCACCCCCCAGGGCCCACCAGCUGUCGCCCCCAAAGCCCGCCAUGAACACGGCACGUCCUCUCCUCUGGCAGCAGAGGGCAACGCCGGGUACAGAACAAAAGCAAAGGUGGCAGCAAUGCCGACAGACAUGGACAACAAAGGUUCAGAUCCCAGCAUCUCAGCAAGACCUGCCAUCCACCCUGGUCAGCCCUUAUCCCUGGAGCCGGAGACAGGCCUGGGCUUCUCCCCGGUCAAGUCCUUCCAGUCUCCUGAACGGAGCAGAUUGGUCCGAGGUGACUCGCUCGGACGGCAGAGCCGCCGCUCAGAGACAUUUAACUCACCUCCCUCCCUCCCGCGACACCCACCCUCUUCUACCUCCCUCUUCCCGGACGGCGGCCAGGCAGCGAGCCAUCGGCACGGUUUGGACUGCUCACCGUGGGAGAACAGGCAGGCAGCUAGUUUAUCGGCCACACCUCCACCACCACAAGCCUCCACCUCAUCCGCUGAACAAGGCCUUAACUAUAUUGACCUUGACUUGGCCAUUAAGGAGAGCCCUCAAGCUGGAGUGGAGCGUACCUCUGCCGCCUACAACAUCGGAGGAAGCGCCAUGGGCGGCAGCGCCGGCUCCAGCCUCAACACUUAUGCCAGUAUCGAUUUCUAUAAGUCAGAAGAACUGAGAGCACACCAGAGCAGCAGGAAGGAUGGUCAAGACUGCUGAUCUCGUCUCGGACGUGAGCGUGACGCCGGCGCGAGGUGGACGACGGUCGGCGGCCCGAUCUGUUGCCACAACAGAACGCUGAAAAAACCCUGGAAAACUCAUCAACCCCGUCCCGUCUGUUUUCUGUCAACCAAAUGUGUGCCAAACACACACACACACACACACACACACACACACACACACACAGGGUAAUGAAAAGGUUUUGUUUGAAUAGAAAUGAUCUGAUCAUCGUUCAUAUCGAUGAAGGACGUGUGACCAUGUGUGAGCUCUCAGGCGGCCGCCAUGUUGAUCACGGCGGCUCCGUCACACACUAACGAAGAUUAACGGAGAUUAACGAAGCUUCAUUUAAAACUGAUCCGUGACCUCGAGACUCGGAGCGGUAGCUGACUCGAUCUCAGCGUUUCUUUGUUCGGUCGUUCGACAAACAUCUCGUCACGGCGUCCUUCGUCCGUGUUCGAUGGGUCACGUGUCAUUUUGGCUCCGAACAGGAAGGAAAUGCAGCUGGGCAGAGUUUCAUCCACUCGUACACGCUGUCACUGUAAACAUAUUUUAUUUAUGAUAAACAGCUGCCAGAAAAAAAAAGGCUUUAUACUUCUCGGUCUUUGUGCUGCUGGACGCCUGAGGUGUUCAGAAAUAAAUUAAACGUUGGUAUUAUCUCCAUGUUUAAAUGCAUUAGACAGGAUAUGAUGUCGCCACAGUGCGGUAGCCGUGGCGUCCUCGCUCAGAGCUCAGCUGCAGCUCGCCUCAAACAUCGAGUCAAUCCACAUCUCGUUGGUAUUUUAGGGAAUUUGUUGGAUUGACUGCAGCCAAAUGUAAUCGAUUACUUGUCUGCCCGCUGUGUAAACACAAGCUGAGUCCGACCAUAUUUACAUUUAAACACGGAUUCAGAUCCUGUUGAGUUUUAUGUAAACAACACGAUUAAAUUGGCUUCAGAAUAAUUAUUAGACUGCAUGUAGACGUAACAUGCAGAGAGCUGAUCACCAAUCUUAUUUUUAUUCUUCAUUUUAUGCAGAAACUCAUCACUGAGUGACCGCCGUGUCAAAGUUGUCGUGGUGUUAAAUUUUGAAAUUAAAGCUGUAAACUGUUUUAUUUUAAAAAUAUGCAGCUCACAGGGUGAAAGAGUCUCUCCGGCGCUUCUUCCCAGGUGAACUACAUGAAAUGUUAUUUGAAUUUCAUCACAACCUAUCGUCGACCUCUGUGGCUGCAAAGCUCAAGUGCCAAAAACCUGCAGUUCCUCUAACGUCCACUUGAGGCUGGCUCCAGCAGUGAGUCAGUCUCCAUAAGUCCCCAUGUCCAAAUGUCCAACUUCACAGCAGAA